AUGGUGAUAGCCUCGAAUGAUAUACAAUCUGAUAAUAUUAAGAGUUUGAUCGUAUAUAAUCCACAAUGGAAACUACUUCUGGUGACAGAACAAAACGUCAGGUUCAGGAACACAAUCGUAGUGAACCCAAAAGACUAUUAUCAUUUUUUUAAAAGUGCACAUUAUUCUAAUAACAAAGACUAUAUGAGAAAAAAUAUCGGGUAUCUCGUGGCGAUCGCAAGAGGUGCUAAUGUUAUAUACGAUGCAACAGAUAGUGUUCGUGCCACUGCACCUCAACACUGGCACUCAAUUAAGUGGAAGACGAUGCACGCGGUGCUCUUCGCCGGAAAUACGGACUACUUUAAUCCAUAUGCUCAUUUUGGACAAUCAGAAUUCCUGCCGAGUGGUUUACCCAAUUUAAACCAAGAGGAAGAAUAUAACAAGUAUUUAGCAAGUGUUUGGAGAAUUCCGGCUAUCCAGCACGGUAUGGUGAGUGGAGUUCAAAAUGUCAGAAUGACGCAAGGGACGCAACUCCAAUCAGCGGAAACAACUGUGAUAUUCAACUCUCGAAGUCCGCCAGUGUUAAUACCUCUUAAUGUGUAUUCACAAUUUAAUUCCGAUAACACCAUCUUUAUCUAUCGGGCCUUUUGGGCAUUACUUCUUCCAAAGACAGAUUCAAUCGCAGACGCCGAAGUAAUUCGUUCUUUUAUUGCUCAGAGACUCUUAUGGGAAAUCGAUGGAUAUAUAGGAUUCCAUGCCACUAGUCUCCAUUAUCAUCGCAAAAAUAAAGGCAUGAAUAUCAAAUCAUCUUCUCAAGAUUUCACUGUUAAAUUGGUGAAUUUUUUAAGGGGUUGGGUCUGUCCCGAAUCAUACUCUUUUUUCACUUGUGUUGAAUUUCUCAGUUUCUCUCUACAGAAAUAUGAGCUCUGGCAUUUUGAUAAUUAUGAUAUUGUUCGAGCGUGGGUUGAGGAUUUAAAAACCUUGGGAUAUACAGAGCCACAAAGACGUCUGAAUCGUUACAGAUCACCCAGUCGCAGAUUCAGUGAUAUAUCAAAAUCACCAGCUAUAUUCAAUCAACCAGCGUUGCUUUACUACGCUCCACAAGAAACUAAACUGUCUCAUUUAUCCACUCAAGUUGAAUCUCUCAGAACAAUGUGUCCGAAUCAAACUGAAAUAUUGACCAAACUGGAGAAAAAUAAGGUCGCACAACCUCGGAUUAAAAACAUUAUGCUCGUGGUUGCCUUCAAUACGCCGUUUACAAAAGUCAUUAAGAAAAUCCACCCUAUUCAUUCACUGUAUUUUAAACAUAUUGUCUAUUGCUCGAACAAUUCCAUCAAAUUUGAAAAAGAUACUGAGAACUUUUAUGCUAGGGUCACAUACUUGAGGACGUACAUCGGUGACUACGGUGCUCUUCAUUACUUGUGUCUCAAUAGAGCUAUGUUGCUGAGUUUUGACGUAGACGGAUAUCUUUUAACCGGUGAUGACGUACUGCUCAAUUCGUGGGAAUUUGUGAACGCACCGACCGAUAAAAUCUGGUUCCAAAUACCUCCCAUGUAUUUUUAUUAUAACGGAUCUCCUAUUCAAGACAAAUGGUCUUGGUGGAACAGGCCCAUGGGAAAAAGAGCAUAUCACGGAAUGUGGGAAGAUAUGACCAAACUUCUGCUUACAGGCAAUCCAUGGGAACGUGAAGUAUUUAAAAACUUUCGACGUAUGUUACAGAAAAAUGGACACGGGAAAGCAGAUCUUUUUCGUGCCGUGGCGGACGUGGUUUAUAUACCCAGACGGCUAAAACGUCCCGCCAUUACUCUUACAGAGAUCUUUGCGAGGCAUCAAGUCAUGGUCGAGCUGGCUUUACCAACAAUUUUAGGUGGUUUGGACAAUUUCAAAAACUUCUAUCGAUUGAGGGGUUUGAACUUAUGGCAUCAAAGUAGGUCGAACUUUUCUAGAUAUAAACCUGGCUUGCAUUUUAUGCAUCCAGUGAAAUUAUCUAAAGUUGAAAAUAAGAAGAAGACGUUUGUAUGUUCUCGGUAUUUACCUCUAUUAUUUCAGUGA